AGACUCCCACCUUGACCCAUGAAACCUUCAAAGCACUGCAGCCAGGUCUUUCUGCUUAUGCUGACGACGUUGAAAAGAGCACUCCGGGUAUUCAGGAAUUGCUGGAUGUUGCUAAACAAGAAAUUCCUUUUGACUUCUGGAAGGCCACCCCAUUGGUGCUCAAGGCUACCGCUGGCUUACGUCUGCUACCAGGAGAAAAGGCUCAGAAUUUACUACAAAAGGUGAAGGAAGUGUUUAAGGCGUCACCUUUCCUUGUAGGGGACGACUGCGUGUCCAUCAUGAACGGAACCGAUGAAGGCAUUUCAGCCUGGAUCACCGUCAACUUCCUAACAGGCAGUUUGAAAUCCCCAGGAAGCAACAGUGUGGGCAUGCUGGAUUUGGGCGGAGGGUCCACGCAGAUCACCUUCCUUCCGAGAGUUGAG